CAGACUGCACAUCUACCUACCUCACACACACAGACACACCAUGACUUAAUAAAGUGAUGAAAGGAGAAGCGGACUAUAAACACUUGGGGCACUUUCACUGGAUUUUAAACCUGAAAUUGGUGGACAAUAUAUUUUUUUACAUUGUGGAUGUAUAUAGAUAUAUCUUUUUUGUAUUCUUAACAAAAUUAUGAAUCAAUCACUCUGGGAAAAUGCAGGCUUUUUUUAUCUGUCACAUUGAGCUUUUCUGCUGAAACGUUUCAAAGCUACCUUUUCACCUUUCACAUUCCAACAAACAUGUUGUUGAUGUGCUAUUAACAACAACACAUGACUACAUUGGAGUAGGUAUUAGGAUGUGGAUGCUUAAUGUUUCCCUGGAAGACUGAAACUGAACUUUAACCAAAGAUGACAGACCUCACCGAAGUAUCUGUUUACUCAGAAUCCUCUGACAUUUACAAGAAUGUUUUCUGCAACCCCGCAUUUGAGCUUGAUGGUGAGCAUGAGGAGAAAGUGGAAGGAUUCAGUUCUGCCAGUACUGCCAUGGCCCUAGAGCCAGUAAAGAGCCCAGCUGCAAUCAUCCGAGGUGUGUUCAGUGUGUGUGUGAUGCGUCUGCGGGGUCCGUGGUGUAGCUGGGGGGCCGUGGUGGUCUCUGUUGCUGCUGUGCUCCUGGUAGCAGCCCUGGGCCUGGCACUGGUGCUCAUCUUCACACAGCUAAAGGGGCAGAGUGUGGAUGAGGAAGUGGUGUCGACCAAUCCCCUGAACUUGUUGACUGGAGAUGGACUGCCCCGUGGUCUACCCACAACCCCCACCAACCACAGUCAGAGGGACAGUACAGUGGCCCCACAGCCAGCCAGAUACCCUACCCCUGAAACUAGAUGUGGGGGCGUAUUGACAGACUCAGAGGGUAGCUUUAGCUCCCCCAACCACCCUGGGUCGUAUCCCCCGGACUCGCUGUGUGUCUGGGUGAUCCGGGCGCGCCCUCCAUCCCUGGUCCAGAUCCAUGUGUCCUCUCUGACCAUAGAAGGACCAUCCCCCUGCCUCUUUGACUGGCUGGAGGUUCAGGAGGAGACGGAGCAGCCUUCUGUUGUCACCAGGUUCUGUGGCAACGUGGCACCCCCUACUGUGAACACCAACAGCAGCACUGUGUGGGUGACCUUCCGCUCUGACGGGAGCAUCGGAGGCAGUGGCUUCAUCGCCCAGUACCACGCCAUCACACUUGAACAGAAGAGCUGCUCCAGGGAGGAGUUUAUGUGUGACCAUGGGCGCUGCAUCCUGCCUGUGUCAGUGUGUGACAGCCAGCCCAACUGUCAUGACCACUCUGAUGAGGCCAACUGCAGCCACAAGCACAAAGAGUGUGGGGGCAAAAAGACUGGACUCUACGGCUACCUGGCAAGUCCAAACCACCCAAAGCCUUACCCUCAACAACAGUUGUGCACAUGGCAGAUCUCUGUUGAGGAGGGUCAUGUGAUCAGGCUGAGUUUCCGUAACUUCAGUCUGGAGACUCAGGACGUGUGUGAGUUUGACUAUGUAGAGGUGCAUGACAGUGCUGAUACCGGGGCCGGCAGAGUACUCGGACGGUACUGUGGCACCAGCCUGCCUCCUGAGCUGACCUCCUCUGGGCCUCAGAUAACCGUGGUAUUUGUGGCUGACGAGGGUGUGGCAGACAGUGGCUUCAACGCGUCCUACCAGGCCAUCUCCCUCUCCGAGAGAACAUGCAGUCCUACUCAGUUUGCCUGCAGCAGUGGGGAGUGCCUGCACCAGGAGUGGCUGUGUGACGGCUGGACUGACUGUGCAGACGGGACAGAUGAGCACGACUGUGACAACUCGACCUAUCCCACUUUCAGCUUGUCCUGUGAGCCCAUUGAGGUGGAGAUGUGUCAGGGCCUGAGCUACAACCUCACCUCCUUCCCCAACAUCUGGCUGUCCAUCGCUGACCAGAGAGAGGCAGCCACGCUGCUCCGUCAGUACAUGGUGCUGAUGGAGCUAGCGUGUUUCCAGCCCCUGCGCAGGCUGGUGUGUGGGAUGUUCAUGCCCCACUGCAGCCCUCAGGGAGGGGUGCUGCAGCCCUGCCGGUCAGUGUGCUCCUGGGCAGCGCAGCAGUGUAGUCAGGCCCUGGACGUCUUCACCUUCAGCUGGCCCUUCAACUGCCACCUGCUGCCUGACUCCCAAGACCCUAUGGAGUGCUCCAGCCCUUGAAGUAUAGCACCUGCCCCAUUCAUUUGCUACAGUACAACCAUAGUUAUGAGAUGAAUCCAACACAGGACUAUAAGAACGCUUAAGAAUACCAUCAAAGCUCCAAUCUUUUCAAGGAAUCUUGGGAGUCUUGCAGUCUCGCUUGGACACUGAACAUCAUCAUCUAAGGACCUUUACAUGCAAAAAGAAUCACAAUGUUGCACUUCUGCUGCCUCUAUAUGGUUCUAGCCUUUUACAGCAUAAUACAGAUGUAUGGAACAGAACCGGUUGGAGUUAACGUGGGAAUAGAAAAUAAAUGUACGUAUUAAUAAAAACAAUACUGAUUUUGA